AUGAUCAACCAUGAUUGUUGGAACCAUGACUUGAUGGAACACUCCGAGGCUCAAGCUCCGUCCCAUCAGAUCCAUCAGAUCCAUCCUUCUCUUCUCGAAUCUUGCUCAGGUCCCUCCGCGGCACCUAGUGGACCGAGCUCACAGCAAUGUGCUCACCCGUCCCGCAUGCGUCGCGCAAGCAUCGGCACAAAGGCACAGGAAGUCAUUCCUCCAGCAGAAACUUCGUUGCCUGCGCCGCAGGUGUACAAGAAAGACUCCAAGAAAUCAAGGUCCAAGUCGAUUGAUGUUCGACACCAGUCCAAUGCAAGGAAACUCUCCAAUGCCAUGGAAGGGUUUGAGCGCGUGGUAACCAUGAAGAAACAAUCAGAAAUGAUGAAUCAACUCAAGCGACAAUCUACUCCAAACAUCAUGUUCUCCUUUAGCGAGAUGUAA